CACCAAGAUCCCCCCAAAAUGUCCUCACCCCGCAACCCCCCAACCAAAACCGACGUCCUACAACUCAGCCAAACCGGCCCCCUCGAAGCCGCCCUCGCAGCGCGCUCCGCAUGCACCGACCCUCCCACUCUGCGACAGAUGGCACACUGCGCAGCACCAGCCGGCCAAGCACCCAUCCUCCAGCACUGCCUCUCGCACGGCGUGCAAAUCGACUACCUAAUCCUCUCACGCGCCCUCUCCAGCCACUCCAAACCAACACUGCAAGCGCUCUUCUCCGCCGGCCUCGACCCCAACGCGCACGUCCAAGCGCAUCUCGGCAGCGUAAUCGACACGGCGAUCACGCUCAACCUACCAAACGACAUCAUCGCGUACCUUCUGCAGCAGGGCGCGGAUCCACGCUCCGCGAGGGAGAGAGGCGGGAUGCCCAAUCUGACGACUGCUGCUUGCACAGGGAACGCCACGCUUCUGCGGCUGCUGCUAAAGCAUGGGGAAAUGGUCGGCGGGUCAAGAGCGCUGCAUUUGGCUGCGAGAGCGGGGGAGUUGGAGGUUGCUCGCGUCCUGCUUGAGGAGGGAGGGGCUGAUGUCAAUGAGGUUGCGUUUGCGGCGGAGGAGGCAAGGCCCCGGUGGUGGCGGAGUGGUGAUGAUGAGGCGGGUGCGCCGUUGCAUUUUUCUGCUGCGGCGGGAAAAACGGACGUGGUUGUGUAUUUGCUAAAGAAGGGCGCGGAUGUCGGAACACGUGAUUUGAAAGGGAGAAUUGCGAGGGAGCGGGCAGAGGAAAGUGGGUAUCCUGAGGUUGGUGCUGCUCUUUGUGGGUUGUAGCAUCUAUCAAGCCCGAGAAUGCCUUUGACUAGUUGUUUGUAGGUGAUUGGGUGUCCAGUGAUUGGUAUUUUCGUGCUAAAUACGAGCCUUUUCGCUAAUGGGUAGUUGAAUCAGAAGGACGCCAGGGCCGGGUGGCUUAUUAUCAGAUAUAGGCGACUAUACAGACACAAGCACAAUCA